AUGUCCUCCUACGAUGGUGCGCGCUCGGCGCGCCAGUCGAAGCGCUACUCCAUGUCCGCCCUCUACAUGUCCAUGUCGGCCAAUGAGGGCGAGAUGCAGAUUGAGGAUGACCUUGCCAAAGCUCAAAAGAUUCUGCGCGAUCUCAAAUCCAACAUCUCUUCACAGUCCAAGAAAAAUUUCGUUCUCGAAAAGGAUGUCCGUUAUCUCGACUCGCGCAUUGCGCUUCUCAUCCAGAACCGCAUGGCCCUCGAAGAGCAAAAUGAGGUCGCCAGCCAUCUUGAAGAUGCAACCGACAUGCAGGAAGGCUUCUUCCCCAACGACGACAAGACGCAAAAAUAUGGAAAUCUUCUCUUUCUCUUGCAGUCCGAGCCCCGCCAUAUCGCCCAUCUCUGCCGUCUCGUAUCCAUGGCCGAGAUUGAUUCCCUGCUGCAGACCGUCAUGUUCACCAUCUACGGAAAUCAGUACGAGUCAAGAGAAGAGCAUCUUUUGCUUACCAUGUUUCAGUCCGUCCUUACUUACCAGUUUGAUAAUACCCCCGACUACUCUUCCCUGUUGCGAGCGAAUACUCCCGUUUCUCGAAUGAUGACCACUUACACACGACGUGGACCUGGCCAGAGCUUCCUGCGCACCGUGCUCGCUGAUAGAAUCAACGACCUCAUCAUCCUGCAAGAUCUCGAUUUGGAAAUCAACCCGCUCAAGGUCUAUGAGCGCAUGCUCGAACAGAUUGAAGAAGAGACAGGCUCGCUGCCCGCAUCUCUGCCCCGCGGCAUCACUGCUGAGCAAGCUGCGGAAAAUCCCCAAGUCCAAGCCAUCAUCCAGCCGAGACUCUCCAUGCUCACCGAGAUUGCCAACAACUUCCUCAACACCAUCAUCGAGGGGCUCGAGGAGGCUCCCUACGGUAUCCGCUGGAUCUGCAAACAGAUUCGCAGCUUGACCAAGCGCAAAUACCCCGACGCCAACGACCAAGUCAUCUGCACCCUCAUCGGUGGUUUCUUCUUCCUCCGCUUCAUCAACCCGGCCAUUGUCACCCCCAAGUCAUACAUGCUCAUCGAUGGCACCCCGGCCGAGAAGCCCCGUCGUACACUGACCUUGGUCGCCAAGAUGCUCCAGAACCUGGCAAACAAGCCAUCCUACGCGAAGGAGCCAUACAUGGCUAAGCUGCAGCCGUUUAUCGAGCAAAACAAGGACCGCAUCAACAGAUUCAUGCUUGAUCUGUGCGAGGUCAGCGACUUUUACGAGAGCUUAGAAAUGGACAACUAUGUCGCCCUUUCUAAGAAGGACCUGCAGCUCGAUAUCACUCUCAACGAAAUUUAUGCAAUGCACGCCCUCAUCGAAAAACACACCGGUGAAAUCUGCCGCGACGAGUCAUCCCACCUCUCCAUCAUCAUGACCGAGCUUGGCGCUGCGCCCGCCCAAGUCCCCCGCAAAGAGAACCGCGUCAUCAACCUCCCUCUCUUCAGCCGCUGGGAGACUGCCAUUGACGACCUGACGGCAGCCCUCGACAUUACACAGGAGGAAGUGUUCUUUAUGGAAGCCAAGUCCAUCUUUGUGCAGAUCAUGCGCUCGUUUCCUCAGAGCAGUGCGGUGUCUAAGCGUCCCCUGCGCCUGGAGCGAGUAGCCGACGCCGCUGCUACUAGCCGUAACGACGCAGUCAUGGUUCGAAAGGGCAUACGUGCCAUGGAGCUUCUUUCCCAGCUCCAGGAUAUGGGUGUCAUUGACAAGACUGAUCAGUUUGGCCUGCUCCGCGACGAGGUCGAACAGGAGCUGCACCACCUCGGUUCGCUCAAGGAUGGUGUGCUGAGCGAGACCAAGAAGUUGGACGAGGUCUACAAAACGAUCCGUGAUCACAACACGUACCUCGUUGGACAGCUUGAGACGUACAAGAGCUACCUCCACAAUGUCCGAUCGCAGAGUGAGGGUACCAAGAGAAAGCAGCAGAAGCAGCAGGUUCUUGGCCCUUACAAGUUUACCCAUCAGCAGCUCGAGAAGGAGGGUGUGAUUCAGAAGAGCAAUGUCCCGGAUAACAGACGGGCUAACAUUUACUUUAAUUUCACAUCUCCACUGCCGGGCACCUUUGUUAUUUCUCUACACUACAAAGGGCGUAACCGCGGUCUUCUUGAACUAGACCUCAAGCUUGAUGACUUGCUCGAAAUGCAAAAAGACAAUCAAGAAGAGCUCGACCUCGAAUACGUGCAAUUCAGCGUCCCCAAGGUGCUUGCUCUGUUGAACAAGCGCUUUGCGCGCAAGAAGGGCUGGUAG